GCUGCAGGAAACUGAGGCUAGGAUCAAGGAAAGGGAGAAGAGGCUGGAGGAAGAAAGGAAGAUCAUCCAAGAGAAAUUUAAUCUCCUCGUUCAGAAGCAAGAGGCUCUAGAAAAUCGAGUGGACGUGUUGAUAUCUCACCUGGCAGCCUGCGAAGGCUUCCAGCAAAUGCCUGGUGAUGAAGAGCCCCAAGGUCGGCGGGAGGCACAGAUCUACACAGGCUCUUCCAUUGAAUCUGCUGCAGCAGCAGCAUCUAAAGGAGCCUUUGUUCCCCAAGCUGAGCAGUGGAGCCUGGGCAGUUUCUCCAUUUCCAGCAGUGACACAUCUGCUGCUCAGCUACAGGAGAGCCAGGGAGACUUCCUGGAGCAACUGAGGAGAAUGGUGAACAAGGAAAAUCCCGUCACAAAAUACAUUGAACUGGAAAGUCUUGGCAGCGGGGGUUUUGGAGAGGUUUCCAGAGCACUUGACAUUGCCACAGGAGGAGAGGUGGCCAUAAAGAAAAUAAGUGUGCAAGGAGUGAGGAGGAAGAUACUAACCAUGAAUGAAAUCAGGAUCAUGGAGAGUAAUAGGAGUCCCAGGGUCGUGAAUUACUUAGCCAGCUACCUUGUGCAUGAGGAACUCUGGCUGGUGAUGGAGUACAUGGACGGAGGCACUCUGAGAGAUCUCAUCGACGAGGCUCAAAUGUCUGAAGAAGAGAUUGCAGCUGUCAGUCGGGAGUGCCUGCAAGGACUGGAUUUUCUUCACUCCAACCACGUGAUCCAUCGAGAUGUGAAGAGCAACAACAUCCUGCUCAGAACCGACGGCUCUGUCAAGCUGGCUGAUUUUGGCCUUUCUGCUCAGCUCACCCCUGAGAAAAAUCAACGGUGCUCAGUGAUCGGGACUCCUUGGUGGAUGGCACCUGAAGUGGUGAAGCGUCAACCAUAUGGCCCCAAAGUGGACGUGUGGUCUUUUGGAAUUGUGGCAAUUGAAAUGGCCGAACAAAAAACUCCUUAUGACAGUUUCACUGCUCGAUCGGCUAAAUACCACAUAGCCACAAAAGGGACCCCACAGCUGCGGCAGCCCGACCAAUUCUCGCCUUUGCUGCGUGACUUCCUGAGCUGCUGCCUGCAGAAAGGCGAGGCGCAGCGCUGGUCUGCCAAGGAGCUGCUGCAGCAUCAAUUUAUAACAUCGGCCAUGCCUGGGUCCAGCCUGGCACCACUCAUCAUGGCAGUGAAGAAGUGGAAGGAGGAGAUAUGAAUGCGCCAAUCAAUU